CACUCCUCUUGAAAAUCAGCCGAUUUGAGAUCACACCUGCUCUUCUCAGAACAUUGUCUGAAGUGUCUUCACCUGGGUGUUAAUAAAUUUCCCAAAUAUCUCUAGAGUGGUGAAAAAAUCAAUUGGUAGUGUGGAGAAAAUUUACCGAGACAUCAAGUAAAUGGGAGAUUCAAGUUUUUGUUUUAAGGAAUAAACAAGAAAACGGGUGAAAAUCAAGCGGAAGUGUGAACGGGGCCCGAGAUAGUGACAUACGUACAUGGUCUACGCUUUUUUUGGCGUUAGGAGGGAGCAGGGAGGGGCAACCCCUUACCGGCGCCGCUGCAGUGAACACAGUGACCGGCUGGUAUUCGUCGGUUCCCGGGUGACUUUAUUACAACCCGAAGAACCAUAAAAUCUCGUGAUUUACUCAUUCCAACCUAAACGACGCACAAUUGUCUCAUCCUUAUAAAUGAUUGCGGGUUUUAAAAAACAAACUUGACAGCGUGACAAGACGAUAAGACAUAUGAAAGCAGUUUUCCAAGGCUUACGCGAUUUUCCAUGUCAACGACACGCGCGCUACUGCCAAGGCCAGCGUGUUACGCCCCGCGCACAUUGUUCGUCACCCUGUUCGUAACAUCGUUAUUUGAAAAAAGUCCCUUGGUGCCCCACGGGUGUGCCAGGGUCUAUAAAUCAAGGGAAAUCAAAACGGGGUACUCUCUGAAUCUUUAGCGAUUCCGAGCAAAGAACAUUAUAUCGCGAAUCACUAAAACUGUAACCACGCCAUCGCCUUGUGCCAGCCUGAGAUGAGCGACCAUGGCUGCAUACACUUGAAUAAUUUCAAGGCAGCCAAGGGUAUACAGCCCUACAAAGUGAUCCACUCUUAUUUCGUCACCAGUACAUCAAACGAGGCUCGCAUCAGGAAGGCUGUAAGUUGUCUCUGUCAUAUAUGUAAAACGUACAAGGAUCGAUUGCACUCCUGUUUGCACUGUAUCUUCUUUGGCUGUUAUGUUAAAGGACAUAUUCAGGAUCAUGCCAAAACGAAAAAACACUUUUUAGCUGUGGAUUUGUGUUAUGGAAAUAUUUUGUGCUUCCAAUGCGGAGAUUAUGUUUACGACAGAGAAUUAUUAGCUGUAGCAAAGUCACAAUGGAGCGAAUCGGCAAAGUCGUUAAGCAUAGGAGAAUUUUAUCGAGCGUGGGAACCAACUCAAAGCGAAACGGAAUUGUUAAGAAAACAUCCGCGCAGGAGACGAGUAAUCGAGAAUUCUACAAUAGGUUUAAGAGGAUUGAUAAAUUUAGGAAGCACGUGUUUCAUGAAUUGCAUAGUUCAGGCAUUGAUUCAUACGCCACUUUUGCGUGAUUAUUUUCUAUCUGAUCGACAUCAUUGUCCACAACCAAGUCGAUGUUUAGUCUGUGAAGUGGCACAACUCUUUCAGGAAUUCUACUCAGGAAAUAAAGCGCCCCUCACGCUUCACAAACUUCUCCAUUUAAUCUGGACGCACGCUAGACACUUGGCUGGAUAUGAACAACAAGACGCUCACGAAUUUUUCAUUGCAACACUCGAUGUUCUUCAUCGACACUGCGAGGCCGCCCCUAUUCUCGUCAAGGAUAAUCCACAUCAUUGCAAUUGCAUUAUAGAUCAAAUUUUCACCGGCGGUUUGCAAAGUGACGUUGUCUGUCAAUCCUGCAAUGGUGUCUCAACAACAAUCGAUCCAUUCUGGGACAUAUCGUUGGACCUGGGUCCAACUGCUGGCAGUUCAAUAACGGACAGUACGGGUCCACCGACAUCGCUUGUCGAUUGUUUGGAACGGUUCACACGCGCCGAACAUUUGGGAUCAACGGCAAAAAUAAAAUGCAACAAUUGUCAAACAUAUCAGGAGAGUACGAAACAAUUGACAAUGAAACAAUUGCCAAUAGUUGCGAGUUUUCAUUUAAAAAGAUUCGAGCACUCCAGCAUUCAGGAUAAAAAGAUUUCCACAUUUAUUUCAUUCCCCGAACAAUUGGACAUGACUCCAUUCACUUCACAUCGUCGCAAUGGCAAUAAUAAUAGUGCAUUGAAAAAUAUGCCGAAAAAUGGUGAAGACACUGCCUUUACUGAUAAUAGAUAUUCCCUGUUUGCUGUCAUUAAUCAUGAAGGAUCUCUUGAAACGGGACAUUACACGGCCUUUAUUCGUCAACAGCGAGAUCAAUGGUUUAAAUGUGAUGAUCAUUUAAUUACGCGAGCUCGACUUAAAGAUGUCCUCACUAGUGAAGGCUAUCUGCUUUUCUAUCACAAACAAAUUUUAGAAUACGGACGAAAUAGUAAGUCGUAAGUCUGAAUUUAUAAGUAAUUUAUUAUAUAUAUAUAUAUAUUGUACUUGAAUUUUUUCGGUGUUCGAUUUUCGAAACCAGGGUCUCGUUUGUAAAUUGUCAAUAGCGAAGUUUCGAUGGCGAUCGAAGGCAAUCUAGCCAAAGAAUGCCGAUAUCAAAGAUAGUUGCGUGACUAAGUGUGAUUGAUAAUUAGUUUUUGAAAACAGGAGUAGUCAAAAAACUAAUUAAAACAAGAAAAAAAACGCUAUAUUAGCGUAGAAUUCUUUUAAAAAUAAAAAGAGGACAAAUCAAUUUUUGUAAAAAAAAAAAUAGUAAAGCCAGCGAAUUAUUUAAUAUUUAUCAUCUUUAUUUGCAAUUAACUAAGAUAAAAAGAAAGUUGAAAAAAUAAAGUAACGUUAAACUUUUGUUUAGCGAUUCUCGAUACAAAAUCGUCCUCAAGCGUUUCCCAUCCAUCGUAUUGUAAACUAGUUUUUAAGAUUAGCUCAAUUUUUUUAACAUGACCGAUUGUGAAUUUUUGUAGAUUGUCGACUGGUAAAGUAUUCCUUAUCCUAUUUAAAACUAAAUAAUGGAAUGAUUUUUUUCAUUCAAUAGUUUUUAUUUUUUUAUUGAAAAAUUCAUUGAUAUUAUUGACAAAUUAUUUAUUUAUAAAAUUAAUACACGUUCCAUUAUUUAGUUUUGUGAAUUAUGUUUGGAAAGCUGAACUUUAGAUUUUUUUUAAAAAAGUAUUUAUUCUUUGAUGUUUUUUUUUCGUUUACUGGAGAAUAUAACAAAACUCUUUCUCUCUCUCGACAAAUAAAAUCGACGUUGCACAAAUUGUAGCUAGAAAAAGAAAAAUCAAUUAUUGUUAAAACAGUAUCGCAGAAAGAGUGCCAAAAACUCGUCUGUUAUUUAUGCAGGAAAAUAUUUCCCCCUGUAGCAAAUUUAGAAUUUUUUAAAAUUGACUCCAAAUAUGAGUAAAAAGAAUUUUUUUUGCAAAUUUUAUAUUCAUGGUGAAAAUUUUUUAUCAUGAAUAUAAUAGAGUGUGAAAAUGCGCAUUUUUUUGAAUAAUUCUCGCUUCAAAAAAAUAUAAAACAAAAAAAAAUGAUUGUGUAAGCUUUGUUGAAUAUAUCAAUUACACGUAAAUUUACAAAUGUACAUAAAUUUUUUUUCUGUGUUUAACAGAAAGAAAAAACUGUAUUGUGUCUAUACGAUUUAUUGUAUAAGAAAAAAUUGUGAACUGUACUGUUGAAACAUAAUAAUUAAACUUGUACAGAAAAGUAAAAAAAAAAAAGAAUGAACAAGUUACGCAAAUGUCUUUAAACAAUUUUCUGAAAUAAUGUUCAUUCAUUGAUCCAAGGUAUUUCUAUACUCUUCUGUAUACGAUAAUGAUUCCUAAGGACCGAUAAAAACGGGUAGAACAAUGACGAUUGUAAUAUUUUAUAAAAAGGCUGACAAAAAAAUAUACCGACGUAAAUAAAAACAAAAUUUAUUUAAUCGAA